AUGAAAAGUGUUGUUAUUGUUGCGGUUCUCUCAAUUCUCCCGUCUCUCACUGACGCGUCUAACGCAACGACGAAACGAGCGACUUGUCCGAACGGCUUCAAACUGUACGAAAGAACACCGACGGCGCGGAACAAGUUCACUAAACAAUGGUGUUUGAAGGUAGGUACAGCGCGACGCAUUCAAAAAAGGAACCCGGGGUUCAGGUGGUCGAAAACGAAGAUGUUUAUGAUCGGCCUACCGCAAGAUCCGUCUGUAUGGACUACGACGCAGUCAUCUCAACGGUGGCGAACCAGAAGGAACUUGAUGAUGUUAAUGGUAAGGAAGGAAAGGAAAAGAGACUCUUUAUAUGUCGGAAUGUACUCUCGGGCCAAAGUUUGAUGAAAAUGUCCUUAAAUCACAUGAUCACUAGAUUUAUCAGUUGAAAGAACACAGAGUAGUCUGUGGAAAUAUGCAAAGGCAUUCCUUUUUCAUGCCCAAAAUUAUGCAACGGAAAGCUGAGCAAAUAGCUAGAAAAAGAGGAGAUCGUACUGUUAGUACUACUUGUUUUGCUCGUUCGAUCACAUAACCACUUCAGCUACCGUAUUUCAGCGCUCAUCCGAAAAAACAAUAAACGAGUGGCCGUCGACGGAGUGUUCAAUCCGAAAUGUCGCGGUUUCAGCGACUGGCGAAUGAGAAAGUUUGGGGGAUUGUGUGCGAAGGAGAAGGAGGUGUGUACGGGCGGUGUCGCCAGUCUCUCAAGUACUCGUUCAGCUUUUCAUCCUCGAGGACGAUCACACUGAUCCGGCGUUCAUCUUCAAGAAGUGGACUGGAGAGCCGCCCACGACAUCGGACAAGUACCAAGAGAACGGAGAUUCGACGUUGGUUUUGAAACGUGGGGGAAUGGAAAAGAUUAUAGGGAAGAAUUACAGAGAGAUCUUCACAAUUGCCGAAUGUCUCUCACUGAACAACCUCAUCGCACUGGGCAAUCAGGGCAAUUUGAAGGACUUUUUGUCAGUCAGGCCACUUUGUCUCCCAAUUCUCAAGUGUAUCGUUUUCAGGUGUGGCGAGGAACCGGACAAGCAAGUCGGCGAGGUCGCCUUCUUCGGAGUUCUCUGCGGUUGUCCGCCUGCUUGAUGCUGAUCUCAUUAUUACGUUUUACAUGUCCACAAAAUGAAUUUUGCUACACGUGUACGUGACGAAACCGAAGCAAGAUACCGUACCCGAUGAGCAUUUUAUGAUACACCCAAAACUAUAAACAGUUGUGGCUUCUCCGAAGACAACGUUUUUAUGAUAGAAAUAAAGUUGCGUUUGUUCCGCUUCCGGUACAAAAGGGAACGAUUGUGCAGCGGAAGGCACAAGCCCUGAAAGAUGCUCUCUCUGUUUCUGGCCCUCUUAUCCGUCUGAACAGUGCAAUCCGCCGAUCCGAAGUGUGCCGAAGGGUUCACUCUGUUCCAUAGAACACCGACGGCCAAGAACAACUUCACAAAGGAGUGGUGUAUUGCGGUGGUCGACUCAAAGCUGAGUGAAAAUCGAGAUGAUGCAGUGUCGGUGUGCGCAACUUUCGGCAGUACCAUCACGUUGCCGGAAAAUGCGAACGAGCUGGAGUUUAUCACGAGUAAGCACGUAAUGAGAACAAUCGUUCACAUUCUUUUCAGAGAAUAUCAACAUCAACGACGCGAAACUGGUUGCUGUCGAUGGAGAAGUGACCCCCAAAUGUAAGCACGUUGCGAUGAAGCACAGAUAUGCCAAUUCUACCAAAGACUGUCAAAUGGACACCAAGGUUUGGGUUAACUUCCACAUCUGCAUAGCUAUUCUUCAUUUCCAGCUCUUUGAGUACUACGACUCCAACACGGAUCCCACGUUCAUCAAAACUCAGUUUAUAGACCCCAUUCCCAAUCGUAGGUCGGCGUUCUACGACAGCAGCUACCCAAUGUAAAAGAGGUCCGAAAUGAGAGACUGUUAAUGAACAUAUUUCAGAAAACGCAAUUAUGCGGGUAGUUGUAUGGUUGUGACGAAGAGCGAUUCGAACAACGUGACGAUAUCGGUUCCGGAAACGUACUUUUGCAAUGGACAGCUCGUCAACAAGAAUAGUGCGAACGUCCAGAGCGUUGCUUGCGGACGACACCCAAAUUGA